AUGUCUCUGAUCAAACGCGUCUACCGUUGGCCAACCAGCUCUGGUCUCUGCCGCACCAAUCCUGCUUCUAGCCGUCGUGCCAAGUCUAUGAAUUCACACGCCCUCGUCUCUUGUGUGCCAACCGCAAGUCGUGUGUUUCUGCUUGUUUUGAGUUGGCUCACUGUAGACGUCUCCUCUCGGCUUCUGACUGCUCCUUUCUGGUCUCCUUGCCAUUCCGUUUUCUAA